AAAAAAUAAAAAUAAACUAUACAACGAAAAAAACUUAACCAUUUCAAAGCUACCAAACGGUUCGGUGAAUGAUCUCACAAAGUGUGGUGAAUAUUUCGUGAGCGGAUAAGAAGUUAGUUAAGAAAAGGUAACUCAGCCACAAAGAGAAGCGCAGCCCAAAGUGACUGAGCGGUUGACAAUUAGCAGUGAGUAAGGAGAUAAGCAAACAAUAACAACACCAGUGCUAAGUACAAAUUGAUUGUAGUCAGCUGAGUUGGCGCUCAGUAAAAUGUACGGCAAUCACGUUGACGCCAACUGCGCUGCUCCAUCGGCACAGCGUCGUGGCGGCGUCGAAACAACAAACGCAAGCGGCUACAAUGGAGCACGUACACCGAUGCAUGCCGUAACAACAACAAUGACCACAACGCCGAGGCCAACGAGAGUGGUAGCGCCGACAGAAGCGACACAAGCAGAGAGAGUUCAACUGCCGACAGCGAGUAAUGUGACAACGAGAACAGCGAUUGGAGCAACAACGUUAGGGCAGCCCUCAAUGACGAGUGGAGCGCCGUCAGUAAAGACUGCGACGGCAGUAAGCGCUGAUUCAAAGUCAGUAAAUUCGCAUGUGAGUAGAAGUAAAAAUUCAGUUGAAGGUGGACCGCGUGCGCAGACGGAUGUAACGGAUUACGAGUUGGUCGAUAGACAACAAAGAAAUAAUAUAAAUAAAAACCAAACGCAGCAAUUGCAAUUGACAACAAAUCGAAGUGAACAAAAAGCACAACAACUGCAGCAACAUCAGCAGCAGCAACAGCAGCAGAAGCAAAUAAACACAGUAAACACGAAAUUUAGUAACAAUAAUAAUAUUAGUAGUGUGUCGUCGUCGAAACCGCCACAAACCAGCCAAACGUCAUCGACAACGAUUUAUAUAAAUCAAAAAAAUAACAACGGUGCAAACGCAAACGAAAAUUUCGCGCGACAAACACAAAAUCCAUACUCGUCGGGUGUGAACGUCAACGCGAGUGUGAAAGCCGCCAACAACACCUACGCAGUGCGCGAUCCAUAUAGCAAUAAUAACAACAACAACAAUCCAAAUUAUACGCCCAGCGAUAGUGAAAGAUACUACGGACAAACAACACCAGUGUCUGGUUAUCCUCAACAGCAGCAAGAGCAGACGGUGGGUUACAACAACAGCAGCAAUUACGAAAACUAUCAACAGCCAUCCGAUUAUUAUCAAUCCGACGAGAACUUCGACGAAGACAUGGAAGCCGAACGUGAUCUCGCCGAAGAUGCGCAAUGGAAGAAGAUACAACAGAACACCUUCACACGUUGGGCCAACGAACAUCUGAAAACGAUCGAUCGCAGCAUUAAUAACUUGGAGACCGAUCUCUCCGAUGGCCUACGCUUGAUUGCCUUGAUUGAGGUAUUAUCGCAAAAGCGUAUGCCCAAAUACAAUAAGCGACCAACAUUCCGCAGUCAAAAGCUGGAAAACGUGUCGGUGGCAUUGCAAUUCCUCGAACAGGAGCAUAUCAAGAUUGUCAAUAUCGAUUCCUCUGACAUUGUCGAUUGCAAACUCAAAUUGAUACUCGGCUUGAUAUGGACACUCAUUUUACAUUACUCAAUUUCCAUGCCACAAUGGGAUGGGGAAGACGAAAGUCAAGUAAAUGGUUCUGGGCCAACACCCAAGCAAAGAUUGCUUAACUGGAUACACACCCGCAUACCCGAGAUGCCCAUCAACAAUUUCACUAAUGAUUGGACAAGCGGCAAAGCGGUGGGCGCUUUGGUCGAUGCCUGUGCACCUGGUCUUUGCCCCGACUGGGAUAUGUGGGAUCCAAAGGAUGCUGUACAAAAUGCCUCCGAAGCUAUGGGUUUGGCCGAUGACUGGUUGAAUGUACGACAGCUGAUCAAACCAGAAGAAUUGGUUAAUCCCAAUGUUGAUGAACAAUCGAUGAUGACCUAUUUGUCGCAAUAUCCGAAUUCUAAAUUGAAGCAAGGCGCACCGCUACGUCCCAAAACCAAUCCCAACAGAGUACGUGCAUACGGUCCAGGUAUUGAGCCAAUCGGUCCUGUCGUAGGUGCACCAGCCAACUUUACCGUCGAGACUUUCUCCGCCGGCAAAGGUCCCGUCGAUGUGGAUAUCGUUUCGCCAAGUGGUCAAAUCGAAAGGGCUGAAGUACGCUUCAACAAUGAUAAGAAUUUGACUUAUUCAAUUUCGUAUAUACCCAAAGCUGAGGGUGAACACAAGGUGAUUGUCAAGUUUUCGGGUCGGGACAUACCGAAGAGUCCGUUCCCGGUUAAGGUGGAGGGACACGCCGGUGAUGCAUCGAAGGUUAAAGUUACGGGUCCUGGUAUACAACCGUCGGGUGUAACCAUUUCCAAGCCCACAUUCUUCGAUAUCGAUGCUAAAGAAGCUGGCCGUGGCGUACCAGAAGUCAUCAUCAUUGAUCCAGCCAAUCAUAAGACAUCUGUAGCGGCUAAGGUACGUCAAUUGGAGAACGAUGUUUGGCGUUGUGAAUAUGUUGCUUCGACGCAAGGUCUACAUUCAGUUAAUGUCUUCUAUGCUGGCAAUCCAAUACCCAAUAGUCCAUUCCCGGUUAAGGUGGCGCCACUCUCGGAUGCACGUAAAGUGCGCGCUUCCGGUCGUGGUCUACAAGCGAAUGGUGUACGUGUCGGUGAUGAUGCAGAUUUUAAGAUCUACACUGAAGGUGCUGGUGAAGGCGUACCCGAGGUGCGCGUAAUUGGACCAAAUGGUGCUAUGCAAAAUAUUGCCUUAACCAAAAUCGAUGGUACCACAUAUGAAUGUCACUACUUCCCCACCAAGGAGGGGCGUUAUGUUGCUAUGGUCACCUUCGGUGGUCAAGAAGUACCCAAAUCACCAUUUGAUGUUAAGGUGGGACCCAAGAAGGAAUCUUCGAUUGUGGCCUAUGGUCCGGGUUUAAGUGGCGGUGUAAUCGGUUACCCGGCCGCUUUUGUUGUCGAAACCAACGGUGAAACUGGCGCGCUGGGCUUCACUGUAGCCGGUCCAUCGCAAGCGGAAAUUGAAUGUCACGAUAAUGGCGACGGCUCUGCAUUGGUCAAAUAUCAUCCCACAGCCGUGGGCGAAUAUGCUGUGCAUAUUUUGUGUGACAACGAGGAUAUACCGAAGUCGCCAUUUAUCGCACAGAUAUUGCCACGUACAGACUUCCACCCCGAACUGGUGAAAUCAUAUGGUCCUGGUCUAGAGAAAAACGGCGUUACAAUUGGUAAACCACAAACGUUCACGGUAGAUACCGCCAAGGCCGGUUCGGCACCAUUGGAUGUUAUCGUCGAGGAUGUCUAUGGCAAGAGAUUGCCUGUCGAUAUUAAGAAUAAUCCCGAUGGCACAAAGACAUGUACGUAUACGCCAACUUCGGGCGUACCGCACACUGUUGAAGUCAAUUACGGCAGUGUAGCAACACCCAACGCACCCUAUCGUAUCUACGUGGGCGCGCCCAUCGACGCCAGCAAAGUGCAGGCCUUCGGUCCUUGGUUGCAGCCCGGUGUGCGUCCCAAUGCACCCACACACUUCAAUGUGGACGCACGUGAUGCUGGUGAAGCUGAACUCAAAGUGAAGAUCGUACAUGAAGAGACUAAAGUGGAGGUGCCCUGUCGUAUCAUCGACAACGAAGACAACACAUACACCGUUGAGGUUAUACCACCCACCAAGGGAGCCUACACCACCACUAUGACAUAUGGUGGGCAGCCGGUGCCGCUAGGCCAGAAAGUGCUUGUGGAGCAGACAUUGGAUGUAACCAAGAUUAAAGUUGACGGUUUGGAACCAACUGCACCAUUGAACAGCCUCCAGCAGUUCCGUAUCAUUACGCGCGGCCUGCCGAAAGCCGAUCUCGCCGUCACCAUCACGAGUCCAUCGGGCAGUCGCGUACGUGCGCAUGUCAUACCGACUGCCGAAGGUUUCCUAGUCAAUUUCACACCCACCCAGCUGGGUGAAUACUUACUAAGUAUAUGUUUCGGUGGCACACCGAUAGCGCCACGCCCCUUUCGCCUGCAAUGUCUCAGCGGCAGUGAUUCGAAUAAAGUACGUGCUUUUGGACCUGGACUGGAGCGAGGACUGGUGGCGCAACCUGCAGAGUUUAUAAUUGAUACACGCGGCGCCGGACAAGGUGGACUGGGCGUGACGGUGGAGGGUCCCUGCGAAGCGGCCAUCAAUUGUCGUGACAACGGCGACGGUACCUGCAAUGUAGCCUAUCUACCCACAGAAGCUGGUGACUACACAGUGAACAUCACAUUCAACGACCGACACAUUAACGGUUCACCAUUCCAGCCGGUCAUAAUGCCAUUGCCGAAUCUGAGCAACACACGCGUUAGUGGUAUAGGCAUACAGCCACAUGGUGUCAUCAUGAAUGCACCCACAGACUUUAUGGUGGAUAUGAGCAAAGUCGGCAGCGACAUCGAUUCGAAUAAACUCUCCUGUGCCAUUUUCGAUCCCAAGGGUAAAGUACUGCCGAGCAAGAUUGCUUCUGGCCCUACCGACGACAUAUUCCGCGUUGCCUACACACCCUUCGAGGCUGGACGCCAUACUAUUGAGCUGCUUUACGACAACAUUCCAGUGCCUGGUUCGCCGUUUGUGGUGCAUGUGAAGAGUGGCUGUGAUCCAUCGCGUUGCAAGGCGUACGGUCCCGGCUUGGAUAAGGGUCUGACAAAUCAGCAAAAUAAAUUCACCGUGGAAACACGUGGUGCCGGCAACGGUGGCCUCUCGUUGGCAAUCGAAGGACCAUCUGAAGCGAAAAUGACUUGUACGGAUAAUCGCGAUGGCAGUUGCGAUGUCGAUUAUAUAGCAACAGAUCCUGGCGAGUAUGAUAUAACAAUACGUUUCGCUGACAAACAUAUACCCGGUUCACCGUUCCAUGUGUUGGUUGAGGAAACAGUUGAUCCCAGUAAAGUGAAAGUAUACGGUCCGGGCAUAGAGCAUGGCUUGGUACGCGAAAGCGUACCAACUUACUUCAAUGUCGACGUUGGCGAGGCUGGUCCUGGACGUAUAGCUGUAAAACUGACAAAUUCGGAGGGCAUGCCGGUGGAUAAUUUGCGUGUGGAGGACAAAGGUAAUGGCAUCUACGCUGUGCACUAUGUUCCGCCCAAGCAGGGUUCCGUGCUUACGUGCCAAGUGAAGUUCGCCGACGAGGAAGUGCCAUGCAGUCCGUUCGUGAUGACCGUCUUUCCAAAAUCAGAGGCAACUAAAGUCAAAGUUAAGGGCGUUAAUGAGAAGAAGAAAACACCCGCCUCACUACCCGCCGAAUUUGAGAUUGAUACCAAAACAGCGGGACAGGAUGACAUCAAUAUUGCUAUAAAGAAUCCGAAAGGUAAACAACUGGCGCCACGCAUGGAAGAGGUUGGCAGUGGUACUUAUGUAGUUUCAUUUGUGCCCGAUGAAUGUGGCACUUAUCAUGUCAGCAUUAAAUACGGUGAUAAAGAUAUCGAUGGUUCACCAUUCAAACUCGAAGCAUUCCCAACGGGUGAGGCAAAGAAGUGCAAGUUGGUUGAGGAGGCGCCCAAAAUACAGGCAUCAGGUAGCAAGAGUCACUUGACAGUGGAUGCACGUGAGGCUGGCGAUGGUGCUGUAACCUGCAAGAUCACCGAUCAUAAAUCCGGACGAGAAAUUGUUGAUAUUGACGUUUUGGAAAAGGAUGGCUUCUUUGACAUUUUCUAUGCGCUAAAGGAUCCUGGUGAUUACGAUAUUAAUGUGAAAUUCGGCGGCAAGGACAUACCCAAUGGCAGCUUCGCCAUAAAGGCUGUUGAAAGCAUCGAGGAAUAUAGUCAUAGCGAGUAUAUUGAGGAACACACAAAGAUUAUAUCACAGACAACUGAAUCAUUCGCCAGUGAGAGAAGUUAUAGAGCAGUCGCUUUUGAAAAAUUACCGUUACCUACUACCGGCGGAAACGUUGUUGCCGAAGUCAAAAUGCCAAGCGGUAAAGUAGACAAACCUGUCAUUCAAGACAAUCGCGACGGUACUGUGUCAAUCAAAUAUGAACCCAAAGAGGAGGGUACACACGAGCUGGUCGUGAAAUAUAAUGGCGAGCCCGUACAAGGUUCACCAUUCAAAUUCCACGUCGAUUCCAUCACAUCUGGUUAUGUGACUGCCUAUGGACCAGGUCUGACCCAUGGUGUUACUGGUGAGCCAUGUAACUUUACUAUUUCAACUAAGGGCGCCAGCGCCGGAGGACUCACCAUGGCUGUGGAAGGACCCAGCAAAGCUGAUAUCAACUAUCAUGACAACAAAGACGGCACUGUGUCGGUGCAAUACCUACCCACUGCCCCGGGUGAAUAUCAAAUCUCCGUACGCUUCGGUGAUAAGCACAUAAAGGGUUCGCCAUAUUUCGCCAAAAUAACGGGUGAGGGCCGCAAGCGUAAUCAAAUUUCGGUUGGUUCCUGUUCGGAAGUCACUAUGCCCGGUGAGAUAACCGAUGACGAUCUGCGUGCCUUGAAUGCUUCCAUACAAGCGCCUAGCGGUUUGGAGGAGCCGUGCUUCCUUAAACGUAUGCCAACUGGCAAUAUUGGCAUCUCAUUUACGCCGCGUGAGAUCGGUGCACAUAUGGUGUCGGUGAAGCGUAUGGGUACACAUAUUGCGAACUCACCCUUCAAGGUUGACGUCUGCGAGCGUGAGGUCGGUGAUUCAAAGAAAGUUAAGGUCUCCGGUGAUGCUUUGACAGAGGGUAAAACGCACAUAGAAAACGUGUUCAGUGUAGACACACGCAACGCUGGUUAUGGUGGUCUGUCCGUAUCGAUUGAAGGUCCCAGCAAGGCAGAAAUUCAAUGCACAGACAAGGAUGAUGGCACACUGAACAUCUCAUAUAAGCCCACGGAGCCAGGCUAUUAUAUUGUAAAUUUGAAAUUUGCCGAUCACCAUGUGGAGGGUUCACCGUUUACCGUGAAAGUCACAGGCGAGGGCAGCAAUCGCAAACGUGAGAAGAUUCAGCGUGAACGUGAUGCUGUGCCAGUUACAGAGAUCGGCAGCAAGUGCAAAUUGACGUUCAAGAUGCCGGGCAUCACAUCAUUCGAUCUAAUGGCCUGCGUUACAUCACCCAGCAAUGUGACUGAGGAUGCGGAAAUACAAGAAGUUGAGGAUGGUCUGUACUCAGUGCAUUUCAUACCGAAAGAGUUGGGCGUACAUACCGUUUCGGUACGCUACAAGGACAUGCACAUCCCCGGCUCACCCUUCCAAUUCACUGUGGGCCCGCUACGUGACUUUGGUAGCCAUUUGGUAAAGGCCGGCGGUUCAGGCUUAGAGCGCGGUAUCGUUGGCGAACCUGCUGAAUUCAAUGUAUGGACACGUGAGGCCGGCGGUGGCUCUUUGGCCAUCUCAGUGGAGGGACCCAGCAAAGCUGAAAUCGACUUCAAAGAUCGCAAAGAUGGUUCAUGCGAUGUGUCGUACAAGGUCAGCGAGCCCGGUGAAUAUCGCAUCGGUUUGAAAUUCAACGAUCGCCAUAUACCCGAAUCACCAUUCAAGGUCUACAUUUCACCCGAAGCCGGUGAUGCGCACAAACUGGAGGUGCAACAGUUCCCACAAGGCAACAUUCAAGCCGACGCACCCUAUCAAUUUAUGGUACGUAAAAACGGCGCCAAGGGCACACUGGACGCCAAGAUCGUUGCACCCUCCGGCAAUGACGAUGACUGCUUCAUUCAAAGCAUCGACAGCGAAAUGUAUUCCGUGCGAUUCUAUCCACGCGAGAACGGCAUUCAUGCCAUACAUGUCAAAUUCGACGGCGUGCACAUACCCGGCUCACCAUUCAGAAUCAAGGUCGGCAAGGAUGUAGCCGAUCCGGCUGCUGUGCAUGCCACUGGCGCUGGUUUGGAUGAAGUAAAGACCGGCCAUAAGGCCGACUUUAUUAUAAACACUUGCAACGCGGGUGUCGGCACACUAACCGUAUCCAUUGACGGACCCUCAAAGGUGGCCAUGGACUGUACGGAAGUUGAGGAGGGCUACAAAGUGCGGUACACGCCAUUGCUGCCGGGCGAGCACUAUAUUUCGAUCAAAUACAAUCACAUGCACAUUGUGGGCUCACCCUUCAAGGUGAACUGCAGCGGCGAUAAACUGGCCGAUGAGGGCGCACAGGAAACCUCCACCGUUUCUGUGGAGACCGUGCAAAAACUGGCUAAGGGCGGCAAGAACGUCGGCGUACACAUGCCCACAUUCAAAUCGGACGCUUCCAAAAUCACAUCCAAGGGUAUGGGUCUGAAGAAGGCGUAUAUGGGCAAGCAGAACAAUUUCACGGUGAAUGCCACCGAUGCCGGCAAUAACAUGCUCUUCGUGGGCAUGUACGGACCGAAGGGUCCCUGCGAGGAGUUCAAUGUCAAACAUACCGGCCGCAACAAUUUCAAUGUCAAUUACAUGGUACGCGAUCGCGGUCAAUAUAUACUCAUAGUCAAAUGGGGAGAAGAACAUAUUCCUGGUUCCCCAUUCCAAAUCGAUGUUUAGGCUAAAUGAUAUUGGUGAUGA